AAUAUAAUAAAAAUGUAUUGUAACAAUUUUACAUUUGGUCAUGGAAUUUAUUGUAAUCUUGAAACCGUAACAAUCUUAGUCAGGUUCGAAUUUUUUGGUAGAAAAUGUCCACUACUUUUAUAGGACGAUUGGUCUAAAAGAAAUGAGGUAUUCUCUUAAAAAGAAUAAAUCUACUGAAUGUAUUGUACUUGACAUAGAAAUUGACAAAUUCGUUCUCCCCUUCAUCCUCUAUAAUUCUAUAACUCUUUGCAAUAUAUCCACUGUUGAAUGCCGUGAUAUUUAUGAUUAUAGAUUCACACAUAUGACUCCUAUGAUCUUUCUGAGAUUAAACAUUAUUCAAACUGAGUUAGAACUGUGAAAUUAGUACCGUGACCAGGAUGAUCAGUGUGGCCUUAAGACCCAGUCACUGCACAACCUUGCGACCCUUCGGACAAGUUCGCCUCGAGUCGGAGGCACUCGGAACAACUCGGAAUUUGUCGAGCCAACUCGGAAUUCUUCGGGCAUGCGAGGCCAACUAGUCGACACUCAGGCAGUUUCCAACCGCCUGCCUAAUUCUAUGUAUAACCAGUUUAAUUCUGCUUGCCUGCAGCUGUUGAACGUGUAUAGUAUUAUUUUGCGACUUUCACCAUGUCGUCUUCGUCGUGCGUACAGAAAUACAACAGAGGAGUUAAGACAAAAGUUCGAAUUGAGUCCAGCCAGCUCUGAAGUUGAUUCGGAUUUCAUUUCUUCACCACAAGGAAGUUGCAUUUUAUUUUGAAACUAAAGUCAAGUUAAACAUAUCGAUCCAGUUUGUUGGUUUUCUCUCCGUGAUCUGAUCGAGCGCACGCGUUUUCGAUCACGGGACUAUGACGACGGGAGAAAGGAAUGCAGCCUCGAGUCCUGCAUCCGUAGUAGAUUAGCCUCCCAUGGGUAUGUCACUCUCACAACUCAAGGCAUUCACAAAGUUGUUCUCACAUCAAAAAAGGAAAAUAUAAGCGAUUCAGCAAAGUCCUCUCUCGAUUUAGUGCAAUUAGUGUGAGAUUGUGAAAGAAGACAAAAGAAUCGAGUGUGCUGUUAGAUAGUGAUUAAAGUUGUCACCUCACCUACUCUCGCAUAUAGAGACUAUCGGAUUAUUGCUCAUUUAUGCGGGGUGGACUUGUUGAUGAUGACCAUGUUUGGCACUAUUGUCCAGAGGCUAACAUCACCUGUGACCUCACCGACAAGUGCUCGUCGUCGCUUUAAAUCCCCAUCAAGAUGGGAAAUUCAAAGCGAUCCAGAGGACGACUCCAUUGUGCCGGUGAGAAAAUCGCGUGCAAAACAUAUUUUAGAUAAACGGAGAAGUAAAAGCCGUGCACGUUGUCUUAAUGUUAGUGAACCACAACCUUGUGAGGAUGGCUCUACAUGGCAGGAUAUAGCUUUUCCGCCUUUACGUGGAACUAAGAGUCUCGGUAGACUCGAUGGUACUAAAGAGGUCCAGAGACUUGCAGAGUACGAAAGGUAUUUAAGGCAGGAGGCGAGAAAUCUCACAGAAGACGAAAAUCAAAUUGAAAGUGGAAUCAUCCUUCAACGAAAUCAACUGGAAGGAGACCUCCAUCGCAUUCAAGAAUUGUUUCCUGGAGAUAAUCUGCGACUUCAUGAACGAGAUGUUUUAACAACGAAGAUGAAGAGCAUUCUUCGCAAGAGAAAUGGCGUAAAAACUGGAAGACUAACAAGAGCACUUUCACAAAAAUCACUCAACAACAGCAAUAAUUCUUUAAUAAAUAUUGGAUCUACCAGAACGUUUUUAUUGGAAACUCCAGUACAAUUUACCACAGGAAUGCAGUCCCAAGAAAGACAUCUCUUUCUCUUCUCGGAUGUUCUACUCAUAGCCAAAGCACGUAGUGGAGGUAACUUUAAGUUAAAGCAAUCUGUUAAAAUGAGCGAGCUCUGGUUGACAACAGGCUAUAUAGAUGACGUCGCCGAAACAAAUAAAUCUCAGGAAACAAGUUUCGUACUUGGCUGGCCAACCACAAAUGUUGUCGCUACAUUCAUGACUAGUGCAGCCCGAGAUUUAUGGUGGAGUCGUCUCACGGAGUUAGUAAGAGAAGAGAGCGGGAAGGAACCACCUGAUACGAAUAUUCAAAUUCUUUAUCACGAAAAUGAAGCCAAUAUAGAAUAUAGCAAAACAAUUAUGGUGAGUUCUGAGAUGACAGCAACAACAUGCGUGAAUUUGGCUACACGUCUUCUUGAUCUUCAGGGCUACUUUCAAUUGUGGGCAAGAACAUCAUCAGAUGAUGCGCCGUAUCCAUUGAUAGGUCACGAGAGACCUUUUGCCAUAAAACUAUCUAAUUUACGCCACACACUAUCCACUGAAGAGGGUUUUGAUUUGGAGCAUUGCAAUAAAAGCGGCAACGACACUUGUCACUUCAUUCUCAAGCCAAUCUUGAAGUCGCCAAUAAAGAAACAAAAAUCAAAAAUCACUGGUCUACUGAGGCGAUCACUACCUCUUAAUUCAAAUGUAUUUGGAGUUAGUCUCUCGAGAUUGGAUGACAACGGAUUGCCCAAGCCAGUGUUAGUUAUGUUGCAGCAAAUCUUUGCAAAGGGGCCAUUUACGCAAGGUAUUUUUAGAAAAUCUGCAAACAUUAGAAUUGUCAGAGAACUUAGAGAUCAAAUUGAGUCCACAGGAGAUUCUCGUUGCAUAGAAAAUGCACCAAUUAUAGCCAUUGCAGCUUUACUGAAAGACUUCUUGAGGUCACUGCCAGAUCCUAUACUCACUUCGCAUCUCUUUCCGCAAUGGAUGGAAAGUCUCGAAUCAAAUAAACCGGUACAAACGAUAAAAAGCAUACUGGAUCGCCUCCCAAAGCCAAAUUACAAUUUGCUCUCACACCUAAUCUGCGUGUUGCAUCACAUUGCCAGUCGGUCAAAGCACAAUCUAAUGUGCGCAAGCAAUCUUGGCGUUUGUUGUGGUCCGAGUUUAUUGUGGUCGGUAAAUCCCUCAGUGAAACACAGUCGCACAAUACCAACACUCACCGAGAUGCUAAUCCGCCAUUGCGAGGUGCUUUUUGGAGAAGGAGUCACGCAACUCCUCGGCGAGGAGCGCAACGACAGUGGGGCCGAAGAAAGCACCGACAGUUUGCAUUGUGAGUUUGCCAAGUCUUUCUAUGCGAUUCCAAUAUUUCUUGUGAAAAAGAAUCUCAGCGAUGCUGAUCUUUAUAAACGAUCGAUAGAAACAUUUAUUCGUGCCGUUGCAGCAGGUGGACUAUCUUUGGACAGUUUGGAUCUCACCGAACCCCCACGUAAGGACCACAUGUCUCUGUCCCGAGACUCCGGUCUCACACUCUCUGAUUGCCAACUAUUUAUCCCCGAAUCGCCAGUGGGUUCCGAAGAUUCUGCCGUUAAUGCAAGUUCAACGAAUUUCGAUAAGACACUAAAGGACGAGAAGUCUGUGAAUAAGAGUUAUAUCCGGGUUUACGGUGGUUGGGACGAGAGAAUUAGUUUACAGAAUUCGAUUGAUACGGGAGUUUCCUGCUAUCCGAAUCCGAAUUUUCAGAGGCAAGACUGGCUCCGAGCGCAGCUGAAAAGAACGCCUCGAACUAAACUAGAGGAGAACGAUCCGCGCAAGGAACGUUUCGACGAGAAGGAUAUUUACUCUCAAGAGUAUCAAGACAUGAAGGACAAUAUCGAUAUCCGUAAGGAACUUUAUCAAUCCUCCCAGGUUAAUCUCUCCCAAGACCUUCGGAUGGAUUACGAACGGAAUUUACAGCUCGACGGCUGUACAGACAGAGUUCUCGUUCUCAACGCCGAGAAUGAUACAUUGCUUGCGAAUCGCUACGACUUCAGCGAUUACAAGAAAGUGAAAAGCGAAAUCUACCCGAAUCGCGAAUCACCAAUUUCACAAAACAGCAGUCUUCAUUCAAACAGUGAUAUCUAUGAGUUUAGAAAGGACAGGGACUUUAUAAGUGUCAAGAAGGAAGCAUUAACUAAUCGAUAUGAUUGCGACAAGUCUGAUAGUAUUUACGGUAAUCGGGAGAAUUUAAGUGACACUUACAAUGCAAGGGAGCGAAAGGAAAUUUACACCUUUAAGCAAAGUGAUGCGGUGAAUUACAGCAUGGAGAAUGAUGACUCGAAGAGCAUUUGGUCUGAUACGCCGCCACCGUUACCACCGAGGCUCAAGCAUUUGCCGCCUGUUCACAUGAGUUUCGAGGACAGGCAUAAAAUUGCGGGCAGGUCAAGAUCAUUACCUCCGCCACCACCGCCUUAUCGGCCACCACCUCAACCACGAGCUACAGUGACAAUCAGAAAUCUUGGUUACAGCAGAUCGGUAAAUGACGAUGAAAGCUACGUUUAACGUAGAGCGAAAGAUACUGAGAUCUAUAAAAAUUCAGGGUUGCCACGCAAAUUUCCGGACAUUUACAGGUUUUCCUGGUUACCAUCAGGAAUGUCAGGUGGUAACCAGAAUAUCCUGGAAAUAUCAGGGAAUUUUAGAAAUCUUGAUAAAUCCUAGAAAAGUCGGAAUUUUCAUCGGAAUUCUGGAUAAUUGUGACGCGCUCCUAAGAAAGGUACCUAAGAAGCAAACGAAUUAUAGGUUUGUUGUUCUGACAGUUGGCAAAGCCUCAAGUCAUUUAAGAAGAUCAAUAAUUUUUAAUUAAUAAUUGAUUCUCUUCCUGUAUUUUUACUCGAAAAAAUUGAAAACAUAACCACAGAUUUUUUGCUUCUUAGGUACUUUUCUUCGGAGCUUGACACAAUUGUUGUUUUCUAAAGUUAUUGUGUUUAUACUUGAAAUCUAACUAAUUUUUAGAAUUCAUUUAGAAAAUUUUUAAUUUUUGUGACUUUUUUGUUUGCCUUAUAAACUAGAAAAU